AUGGGACUCGCUGCGGUUAACCGCAAAUUGGCGGUUCUUGGCGAGUUUUUUAUCAAUUGGGGUGGAUCGAUUAUUGUGGCUAUUAUGUUAUGCGCUAUUUAUUAUGCAUGUGUUCAUGUGAUUGCUGAAAUGGUGAGUUUUUUUGCUGGGGAAAAUCUAAAGUUUUCAGAUCCUACCCAGCUUUUUUUCAAAUGAAAAAUCCUAAACCUAAAUCUUUCCAGAUGUACGAUGAUGGAGCUUCCCUCGAAAUGCUGGUCCUUUUCGCCAAAUUCAUCGUCUUCCAAAUCGCAAUCAAUCUUCUCUGCUUCAUCUAUUAUUCUCGAUACAAUUCUGUAACUCAUUGGCAUCGUCAAAGUUGUGUCGCAGAUUUGCGAUCGUAUGCAGAAGAAAAUGAGGCGCAACCCUUGGAAUAUGAAUAUUUGACGGGACAACCAACUGUCGAAGAUCAUUUGAAUUAUGAGCCAACUGAUGAGAGUGGCAGCAAGUUUUGCUUUACUUGUAAUCGAGAAGCUCCGCAAAGGUAUGUACAUUUAUUUUUAAAAAGUCCUCAAAAAUCUCUAGCUCGAACACAACAUGACUCAUUUGUAUACACAAACUUUUCCAAUAUUUAUUUGUUAAUACAAAAAAAAUCAGUCAAUAAAACUCAUUUCAGAUCUCACCACUGUCCACUAUGUAAAAUGUGCGUUUUACGGAAGGACCAUCAUUGUUUUGUAACCGGAGCUUGUGUUGGACUUGGAAAUCAACGAUAUUUUAUGGUUUUCUUGUUUUGGUGUACAAUUGGUUUGGCUGUGGCAUUGCCGCAUUUGUUUUUCUACUUGAAUACACAGGUUUAUUAUUGGUGAGUUUUUUCAGAAUUGAAUUUUAGUCUAACAAAAUGAAUAAUAAUAUCUACAGAUGUUAUAAUUAUAAUUUUGAAAAUCUGAAUAUUUUUCAUAUGUUCUCUUUUAGAAAAAUCUAGAAGAUCCUUCAGAUUCUAGAAAAAUCCUAUUCUCAAUUUUCAAAAUAAUAUGAUAAAGUUAGAACUCUAGAAACUCAGAAUCUGGAAAGUUACAAGUUGUUGAGAGACGUUUUUUGUAAGAAGUUUUUAUUUUUGCUAAUUUGAGUUUCUAAAUAUUUUUUCAUCAUUACAAAAAUUUUUUUCAAAAAUUCUCUCCCGCCCAAAUCAAAAUUUUGAUUCGGGCGUGAAAUCAUAAUUUCCAAAAAAAAAAUUUUUCGAAAAUUUUUGUAAUUAUGGAAAAAUAUUUAGAAACUCAAAUGUGUAGGAAUUCGCAUUUUUAAAAAUAUAUUUCUCCAGGUACCCCUUCGGUUUUCUCUACUAUCUUGGUCCAAUCGCAAUUGGUCGCUGGGUUUUUGGCUACGCAUCUUUUGUCCAAGCCGUAUUCUCUACAAUUUUCUCCUUUGCUUUCGCUGCUUUAGUGACUGCUGGAGGAUUUUUUGGAAUGCAGGUAAGAAGGUGAUCAAAUCCAAAAAUCAAUAAAUUUUUUCAGGUUUACUACACUGUCCAUGGCUACACUAUGUAUGAAUAUCACCAUCUGACAGUUCGAGCAACUUUUAAUGGGGAUGGGUGAGAUUUUUUUUUCGAAUCAAAAAAUAAACACCAAAUAUUGUUUUUCAGGGAAAACAUUGGUGAAAGAUUUCGAUUGGUAUUUGGUAAAAACUGGGCGCUCAAUUUCUUGAUCCCGCAACCAUGGAACUUGCCAGUUUUGACACCAGCCAUAUCCGACAGUCUUUUCCGAGUUCGCAGCAAAGUCUUAUAA